GCUGCUGGAGGCCUUUAACAACGACGUGGUGGCCAGUGAGGAUGGCGUCCCUGCUGCCACCCCCUGCCAGCCCGCCCUGGAUAUGCUCUCUGGCAGAAACAGGACCAAGCACCAAGGUGAGGUCUGCAGGGUGGCAGAGCCCAUAGGGGGUGACCUGCACCAAGGAAGGCUUGCAUCACCCUGGGGGUGGCUUGGCUUCGUUUGCUUUUUCAGAAGUGGUGACCACCCCGCCAAGCCCAGAGAAUCUCCUGGACCUGCCCGAGCUGGGGCCAGAUGCCUUCAACGAGGCCUGCCCUGAGCUGGCAGAGGACAAUCUGCAGUUUCAGGAUGAGCAUUCGUCCACCGUGGACAGCAGCGACCCGCUCGCCUGGCUCGACAGCAUCCUGGAGCUCCCUGAAGUUCUCAGCGGCUCCUGCUUGACCACCCUCCUCAACAAGUUCCCGGAGUUCUCAGAGAUCCCUGACCUCUUGGAGUGCAUGAUGGAGGGCAACUGUCCCAAGGACCAAGUGGUGGCCGCAAUGCAGGAGGACACCAACCCCUCCUGGCAGAGGGUGGCAACAUCCCCCUUGCUGGACGCCAAAGGCAAGCAGGGUGGGCUGGCAGCGGUCUUCCCCACCCGGCUGCCAGAGAGCCCCAUGGAGCCCUCUCAGGAGGGUCCUAUGGACACUUCAGAGGAGAGCCCCUUGAAGGGAUGCUCACAGGGUCCCCACAAGGGUCUCCCAGAGGGUCCUCAGCAGAUCCUGCUGAAUAGUCCCCUGGCCAGCCCCCCGACUGCACCCCAGCAUCAUCCGCCCCGCAUGGCCCAGCUGGUGGAGGAGGUGCUGCGGAGGCAGCCCCAGGUCAUUUUGACCCGCUUGCCACCACCACCGGGCAUCUCCUCCUGCCGGGUGGUGCCCAGAUCAGGCAGGGCUGCUGGUAAACAGGCCAAGCGCCCCACAUUGGCUGACACCCUCGGGAUGCCAGAGAUGUCCCCAUGGGGCAGCAUGCCACCCAAGAAGAGGAAGAAGAUGGUGGUGUGCCCGGUGGCAAAAAGCUCCAAAACCCUCUGGGAGGGGAAGCCACACAGGGAUGCCACGGCAGUGGGCUGUAGUGGGGAGCAGGGGGGCAGCAGCAAGCAGAGGCCAUCCAAUAGCGACUACGUGCCCACCAAGCGAGCCAGAACCCUGAGGAACACCGGGAGACAAGGUGCUCCACACUGCCCCAGUCGCCGUUGAUAUAUUGAUAGAGAAGGUGUGGAGCACAGAUCCCUCUGACAUGUGA